AGACCUCUUUUACGGGCUGUCCCACAUCGUGGCCGACAUGCAUCACUUGCAACAUUUGCCUGGUCUCGAAGCAACCUAUCCCCACACCUCGACUGCGAUAUGCUUUGCAUCUCGUAUUACCGGCUUCUACCCGCAAUGGAUGAACAUUUUUGUCGCUAAACAGAUAUGGAUCGGAGUUGGGCUCAUAACUUUAUUCUUGACCGUGGUUCUUUACCUGUACAAUAAAUCGCAGGGCAUUGUUUCUACAUUCUUGGACGCCGUACGAUUCGUUAUCGGUAAUUCGGUAAUCCGAUUGCCAGAAUCCAUUAAUCACAGACUGACUUUCGGAAUAAUUUUUCUCGCCUUUAUCGUUCUCGACGCGGUAUUCAGAGGUCGUUUCGUAUCAAUUUUGGCGUAUGCACGCCGAUAUCCAAACCUGGAUACCAUCGAACAGGUCAAGGAACACGGGCUGGAAUUUUACGGCUUCGGACCACUUCGAUAUUUGAUUGAUGAUCCACUGCUGGGCGAACACUAUCACGAACUUCUUCCCGAAGAGUGUCUGGCUAGCAUAGAACGUGACGGAAAACAGCGUGCCUGUCUAGCUCACUGUUUAACGUUGCCAUCGAUGAUGGUGAACUCGACGAUUAUCCACAGGGCUUCCGAACCCAUUAUAUCCGACUAUGCGACGUUCAUAGUAACCCUGAAUUGGCCAAUGACAGACCGUUGGAACUUUGACGUUCAGAAACUGGUCGAGGCUGGUAUUGUAGAAAAAUGGCGUUUGGAUUUUGACCGAGUGAUGGAGAUAAAAUCAUGGAAAACACAGAGGAUGAUUGAGCCACCGCAUGUUGAACCAAUCGCUGUAAACACCCUGCUUUCCGCUUUCGUGAUACUUAUACUAGGACUGUUAAUUGCACUUGUAACCUUCGCCUGGGAAAUUAAAAUCAAAUGUAACUCAUAUUACCAAUACUAA